UAAAUUGGAGCUCCAUUAAAAGGCACCUCAGGAGACUGCUUGGAUUUUGCAGAGGAUACAGUCAGAAAGUCUCCAGUCAGUCAGUCAGUCAAGUCAGUCAGUCAGUCAGAAUGAAGCAUUUCUUUACAUUUAGUUUGGCAGUAGCUGUUGUUUGUGUAACUCUGACUAGUGCAAUAUCACCUUACAAACAAGUGUUACAACACAGCAGAAUCAGAGGCAGGCAGCAUGGCCCCAAUGUAUGUGCUAUGCAAAAAGUAAUGGGAGUCAACAAGAAGUAUUUCACCAACUGCAAACAGUGGUACCAACGAAAAGUCUGCGGUAAAUCAACGGUUGUCAGCUAUGAAUGCUGCCCAGGAUAUUCCAAAGUACACGCUCAGAAAGGCUGUCCUGCUGCGUUGCCGAUUACAAAUAUCUACAACACCCUGAGAAAUGUGGGAUCUUCAACGACUCAACUGUACGCCGAUCGAGCCAAUCUCAGACCACUGAUUGAAGGACCUGGAUCUUACACAUUCUUUGCUCCCAGCAAUGAAGCUUGGUCCUCUCUGUCUGCUGAAAUAAUAGACGCUUUGGUGAGCAAUGUCAACAUUGAACUGCUUAAUGCUCUCCAAUACCACAUGGUUGAGAGACGCAUUCUCACAGACGAAUUGAAGCACGGCACUGUAUUGACUUCGAUGUACCAAGAGUUAAACGUAUACAUCCACCACUACCCCAACGGAAUUGUUACAGUUAAUUGUGCUCGACUGAUAAAGGCUGACCAGCAUGCAGCCAAUGGUGUCGUUCAUGUCAUUGACCGAGUUAUCACCGCUAUUACUAACACCAUCCAGCAAACCAUUGACGUUGACGACUCAUUUGAGAAUCUUAGAGCUGCGGUUGCUGCUGCUGGACUUUCUGAUUUACUCGACAGUGAAGGGCAGUACACACUGUUUGCUCCCACAGAUGAAGCUUUUAGGAAGGUACCACCAGCCACUCUGAACAGGAUCUUAGGAGACCCACAAGCUUUGAAAGCCAUGUUGAACUACCACAUCUUAAAAAAUGUGCAGUGUGCAGAGGCCAUUAUUUCAGGCUCUCCAAUGGAAACCCUAGAGGGCAAACCCCUAGAGGUUGGCUGCAUCACUGACAGUAUCACACUCAACGACAAGUCGAUCGUCACCGACAAGGAUAUAUUAGCAACAAAUGGAGUUAUCCAUAAGAUCAAUGAACUGCUGAUCCCGGACUCCGCUAAGACCCUCCUGGAAUUGACUGAGAAAUCCAGCGUCACCAAGUUCGCGAAUCUCUUCAAACAAAGCGGCCUGAUCUCCCAUUUAGAAGGAACAGAAGCUGUAACUCUGCUUGCUCCUCAGAACGAAGCGCUCCAAGAUACAUCUACGGUGGUUAACGACGAUGUGAGAGACCUGCUGCUCUCCCACGUUGUGAAAGGCCAAGCCUUCUCUCGAAACAUGUACCAUGGGCAGGUGCUUGAAACUAUGAACGGCAAACAGCUGAGAGUCUUUGUCUACCGCAAUGCGUUAUGCAUUGAGAACACUUGCAUUGCUGCACACGACAGGACAGGGAGGUAUGGCUCGAUGCUGAUAAUGGACAAGGUCCUCACUCCUCCGGUCGGCACAAUCAUGGACAUCCUGAAGGCAGACAAUCGCUUCAGCAUGCUGGUGGGAGCCAUCCAAACAGCAGGACUUACUGAAACCCUCAACAGGCCUGGGACAUUCACAAUCUUUGCACCGACCAAUGAAGCUAUCCUCGCUCUGCCUCCGAGAGAACGGAAUGUCGUGCUCGGCAAUCCCAAGUUGCUGAAGUACCAUAUUGCUGAGCAGAUCUUGGUUAGUGGAGGCAUUGCCAGCCAGAUAGUCCUCUUGAAAUCUCUGCAAGGUCCUACCCUAGAAGUGGGGACGAAAAAGCAAGUCGUCAACGUCAAUAAAGUCCCAGUCAUUGAAGUUGACCUGAUGGCCACCAAUGGUGUGAUCCACGCCAUUGAAACAGUCCUGCAGCCUCCAACCUCCAGGCCAUCUGGAAACCAAGAUGGGACAGAAGUCAGUAGUGCAGAUAUCCUUCGCUUUGGACUAAGCCCAGCUCAGGUUGGGAAACCUAGAACAAGAAAAGUCUCCAGAGAUGAUAUCCUGAAAAGGAACACAUACUAAGACAACAAACAGCAGCAUUUACCAACUGAAAAUCCCUUCAGGAAACUCUUACGUGUCGUUAACGAGAGCUUCUACAAUAUGUGUCACAGACUUUUCUCACUUGAACGGUUAUAUCCUAAGCAUGUAAUUCCAUCACUGCCAUUUCAUAUAUACUAGCUUGUUUGUAAAUUUUAUUUUGUUAUUAGCAAUGACGUUUCGAGAGUUACUGUCCAGUUUUGUGUGCAUUUCUAGAAUCUUGUGUCGUUUGGGGUCUUGUUUGAAGCUAUGACAAUGCCACUAGUAGCGUCUGUGGGUUUGAAUGAUGUGUGUAAGUCACGUAAUGACUUAUGUGUGUAAGUUCUGACUGCUUGCGUGUUUGUACGAGUUCAUGUACACAUUUCAGCAGUAUAUUUCCUCUAGGUUACGAGGGUGCUGAGUACAGCACAUGCCAAAGAUGAAUGUAAACGUACAUUUGCCCAAAAAGGAUAAAAAUGUAAUUUUCAUACUUCUCGUAUUAUCCAGUUUUGUGUUCUUCAGUCAUACACUCCUAGUUUGUGUUUGGGAGAGCCUAAUAUUUCAUAUCAGCAUUAAAAGGUUUUGCAUGACACAAGGUGCAGUUUUGUUUUGCGAUUACACUUUUGCUUUGGUAAAGGAUCAUUUUAAAUACAUCCAGAUACUUUGGAUUUUCAUUUUAAAUAUGUAUUUGUCUCCCAAAUCUCUUUUUUCUCUGUAAUAUGUUUAUCGAACAAUCCUGAGGCAGUAUAAAGGUGCAACAAAAUAAAAAGGUUCAUUUUCUAAUCAA